UAAUUAUACAAUUUUCACUGAUUUAUCUUUUUCAAAUUAUAAAAUUAUUAUAAAAUAUUCUACAAUCGACAAUUUUAUAUGCUUAUAAAGAUUUAAGUUUCCCGGCUCAUAUUUGUGUAGUAUUACGAAGAUUUACAUCUAAUAAUUCCAUUUAUACCAUAACAAAGAUUAAUAAAUUUUUAGUCGAACCGAUUUACUAAAACAAUUUCACAAUUUUACAGAUUAAUAAAAAGAAUUAUAAUUAAUUUUCAAUAGACUUUUUUCAUUUAUUUUAAUUAUCGUUUUAGUUUUAUACACAUAGAUUAAUAAAACAUUUAAUUUUUAUACUUUUUAGAAAAUAAAAGUUAUUACCUAUAAUUGUUAAUAAAUUUUAUAUUAAAACUAUAAAAUGACAUUAUCUUGAAAUAAGAAUUUUACCGUAUAACGAUAACUAAACCGGACCAAGUAGUUUGCAAGUAACACAGUAAAACAUGUAUUUUUGUUUCAGUGCAGCAGAAAGUAAAACCAACGAAUAUAAAUUAUCAUAAGACAUACAUUAUCGGUCGUAUUAAUUACCGAUGUAAUGAUACACAAUAAAUCAAUAUUAAACAAAAAUAGGAAAAUAAAAUAAAAAUAAGACGCCUCUAGGUUUAUCGACUUCUUCCAGCUUUCUCCCUCUCUCUCAGAGCCCGAGUUCGUCGUAAGGGUUUAGGGUUUUACAGUGAAAUGACUUCUGAGUCAUAGCUUGUGAAUGCGUAGUUCCAUUGCGACUUGGUCCGCGUCGAUAGCGAAAAGGUUCCUUCUUAUUCUUCAUAGGCAUCGCCUGCAUAUAGAAGCUGCUCCCUCCUCUAGACUCUGUGGUUCACGAGCUUUCUCUAAUCACCGAGAUACUCCGAGAAGCGAUCUCCACAAUCUCCACCUCGACGAAGCUCUUGAGCUAUUCACCCGCAUGUCCCACUCCCGCCCCCUCCCUUCCCUGGGCGAUUUCACCAGACUACUCACCGCAAUCGCCGCAAUGGAGGACGAGGAGGAGAGAUACGACGUCGUGGUCUCUCUCUUCGACCAGAUGCGAAGAAUCGGAGUCUCGCCUCUUCUCUACACUUGCAACAUCGUAAUCAACUCUUUAUCCCAAUCCUCUCGGCCUUAUUACACAGCUUUCGCCUUUCUUGGGAAGAUGUUGAAGCUUGGGUUCGAGCCUGACGUGUUCACGUUCACUUCUCUGAUCAGUGGUCUCUGUUAUAGGAAUAGAGUUGAUGACGCUGUAGCUUUGUUUGUUAAGAUGGUGGAGAUCGGGUGUAGUAGGCCUAAUGUUGUCACCUACACGACUCUGAUUCACUGUCUUUGCAAGAACAGACACGUGGAUCACGCGGUGGAACUAUUCAACCAGAUGGAAAGGGACGGGGUUCGAGCCAAUGUUGUUACUUACAACUCUUUAGUAAAAUGUCUUUGCGGUUGUGGUAGAUGGGGUCACGCAGCUCUGCUUCUGAGAGAUAUGAUGGAGAGGAGAAUCCGCCCGAAUGUGAUCACUUUCUCCGCGUUGAUCGACGCGUUUGCGAAAGCUGGGAAGGUUCUGGACGCUGUGGAACUGUUCGACGUGAUGAGGGAGAUGUCUAUAGAGCCUAACGUUUUCACUUACAACUCUUUGAUCAAUGGGUUUUGCAAGCACGGUCGUUUAGAAGAAGCUAUGAGUAUGUUUAACUUGAUGGAGAGAAAGGGCUGCGUGCCGGAUAUAGUGACUUAUACUACUCUCAUACAUGGAUUCUGCAAGUCCAAGAGGGUAGAGGACAGUGUGAGGGUCUUUAACGAGAUGUCCCUGAAAGGAUUAGCUGCCAACACAGUCACUUACACGGUCUUUAUCCAAGGCUAUUGUCUAGUUGGCAAACCUGAUGUUGCGCAAGAAGUGUUCAACCAGAUGGGUUUUUCUCACAAUGCGCCUCCCGAUAUCAGGACCUACAACGUGCUGCUAGAUGGUCUGUGUUGUAACGGGAAAGUAGAGAAAGCGUUGAUGAUAUUUGAGUACAUGCGGAAGAGAGAAAUGGAUGUUAGUAUUGUUACGUAUACUAUUGUGAUUCAAGGGAUGUGCAAGGUUGGUAAGGUGGAAGAUGCUUUUGAUUUGUUCUGUAGCCUUUUCUCCAAGGGAGUGAAGCCUAAUGUUGUAACGUACACUACAAUGAUAACGGGAUUUUGUAGGCGGGGACUAAUCCAUGAAGCUGAUGCGUUGUUUAGGAAAAUGAAACAAGAUGGGUUCUUACCAAAUGAGCGUGUGUCUUAAGAAAGGUGAACUCAUGAGGAGUUAGAGAUACCAUGAUGCUUUUGAUCUCAAGCAUAUGAUGGCUCAGUUGCAGUUUUGGGGGAGAGGACACGCAGGUUAUAAGUAUAUUUACAGGUGCAAUUAAGAUGUUGCCAUACCUUGUCAGCUACAUGAGUUCUAUAAUGAUUCAUGUACAAGGAGAUGGCAUCUUGACAGUUUUUUUUCUUUGAUAACUUGUUUCUAUCGUCAAGAUCCUGCAUUAUUGAAGUGGAAUAGUAUUCUCCAGAAAUAAAUUACUGUAUAGAUAGAUAGUCGAGAAGGUAUAUGUGUGUAGGACAUGUUAGAUUGGUCAAGAAGCUUGUUGAGCUUUGUGUCUUAUGAAUCUCUACUGGUGUAAGGGGAUUUAGAUUUUGUGAAGAAAUCCUUUUGGACUUUAAUGAAUGUAAACUACGACAUUAUUAUCCGAUAUAAACCAAACAAAACCGUGGUUUGAUCCCA